AGUAAUUUAGGGUUCUUGGGCGAUUUAUUUAGGGUUUGCGCCAAUGGAGCACGCGAUCGAGGCAUUCAAGCGAGAGGAAUCGCUGGGCGCUCGCCAUUCCGGGGCUGCGGCAGCUAGCGACGGCAAGAUCCACAUCGAGCGCACACAGUAUCCCUAUGUCACUGGAUCGUCCGUGCUGGGGAUUAAGUACAAGGAUGGGAUCCUCCUCGCAGCGGACAUGGCCGCUUCCUACGGAUCUACAAAGAGGUACAAGAGCUUCCAGAGGCUAAAGCCCGUCGGCAAGCACGCUGUGAUUGGAGCUAGCGGGGAGAUGAGUGACUUCCAGCAGAUUUCUACCAUGCUGGAUGAAUUAACCUUGCGCGAUCAGAUGUGGGACGACUCGAACACUCUCGGGCCUCACGAAAUUCACAGCUACUUGAACCGGAUCAUGUACCAGCGCCGGAACAAGUUUGAUCCCUUGUGGAACAACAUCAUUCUCGGUGGUGUGAAGAAUGGGAAGAAGUACCUUGGAGUGGUUAGCAUGAUAGGCGUUCACUUCGAGGAUGAUCACGUCGCGACUGGAUUCGGCCAACACCUUGCGCGUCCAGAGCUGCGAAAGCAGUGGCGGGCCGACAUGACUUUGGAAGAGGGUGUUCGUCUCUUGGAGAAAUGCCUCCUUGUUCUCUACUAUCGCGAUCGGUCGUCGAUUAACAAAUACCAGAUUGCGAAGGUGACAGAGGAAGGUGUGACAAUCUCGUCUCCGUUCGCUAUCGAAACAAACUGGGACCUCGAAGCCUUCCAGAAUCCCACGAAAAACGCAGAAGGUUCUUGGUAGUUUGAUGACAAUGUUUUUACAAAAAAGCUCUCUUUUUUAUCUUUACAACAAGCACGAGUAAUUGGCCGUUU